AUGAAAAUUAUCGGAAUUACAGGAGGCAUUGCCACUGGAAAAUCAACCCUGUGCAAUUGGUUCAGGCAGAAUUCGAAAUUUCCUAUCCUUGAUGCUGACUUAAUAACUCACGAGAUCAUAUCUGGGGAUGUUAAAGUGAAGAGAAAGCUAGAAGAAAAUUUUGGAAAAUCGAUUUUUCAAGAUCCCUCGUGCACCAUUGUGGACAGGGGUGCUUUGGGCAAAAUUGUCUUUCACGAAGCGGAAAAAAAAAAGAUUCUUGAGGCCAUCAUCCAUCCCAUAGUCUUUAGAAGGUUGCUUUUUUUGAUAGCUUGGAACUUUCUGAAAGGAACAGAUGCCGUCAUCGUUGAGGUCCCGCUUCUAUUUGAGCUGGGUCUUGGAAUGUUUUUUUCAGAAAUCAUCGUUACCACUUGGCCAGAUCUGCAAAGAAAACAGGCCCUUCAAAUAGUCAACACGCAAAUGCCCCUUGAUGAGAAAGAAAGACUUGCCGAUUGGGUUAUAACAUCGAAUACUGAAAAGCCGUUUGGUGCACCAGACGGAUUCGAACGAGUCGCCGCAUUGUACAAUGAUAUUUUGCACCCAUCCAAAGUAUCGACCGUAUUUUGGUUGGGUGCCUUCUACGUUGGUAUCGUUUUGUGUGGCAAAUAUAUUUUUCAUUACUUCUACCACGAUUAA